GUUUGUUCUCCAUCGACAUUCUACACGUGGGCAGUGCUACCACCUAUCUCUAUCUAUGUUCAGAAGGGUACUGAAAGUUCCCAGAGGUCGUAAACUUAUUAAUUCCCCAACAGUCCUUGCGAACUGUGACUUUCAAAGAGCACAUUAUCGAACCAAGUCGAUAAUGACCACGCGUAAACCGUUGAACCUCAAUGCAGGGCCGCUUGUGUGGAUAGAUUGCGAGAUGACUGGCCUUGACCCCAGUAAAGAUAAGAUAUUGGAGAUUGCAGUGCUGAUCACAAACGGUAAUUUGGACCUCGUGGACGAUGGUAUUGAAUAUGUGAUUCGUACAGACAAAAAGUAUCUAGAUGGGAUGGACGAAUGGUGCACAAAGCAGCAUGGUUUUUCCGGACUGACGAAAGCAUGCCUUGAGUCUCAAUUCACUCUAUCAUUCGUCCGCGAAAAAGUUUUGCAAUAUAUCAAAGAAUGGAUACCGGACCAAAGGGUUGGAGUUCUUGCUGGCAACUCUGUUCAUGCAGAUCGAUCGUUUCUAGUUCAAGAAAUGCCAGAUGUCGUCAAUUGGCUCCACUAUCGCAUUGUCGACGUGUCAUCUAUAAAGGAACUUCAUCGAAGGUGGUAUAACAAAAGGAUGCCGUCCUUGAGCACGCCUCAAGAAAUCAAACAUCGGGCGCUUGACGAUAUACGAGGCUCCAUACGAGAAUUGAAAUGGUAUCGAGAGAAUAUCUUCGUCUCACCGGAAGCACUGCCACCUCCUGCGAGAAGAUAGACCACCCGCAAAAUGCCGGCACCUGAUAUCCUGAGACGAACAGGAAAAAUAAAUUUCUCCUUGGAACUCUCAUGUCAAAGGCCAUAUCAUUCAUCCUUGUCC